GCCAAAGGCGGACGAGAAAAAGAACCGAGAAUACAUCACGAGCCCAGAGAAGAGAAGAGAAGAGAAGAGAAGUGGCGCAAUUGGCGGAAAAAUCGAGGGGAAAAAUGGGAAAUGCAGAGGCCGACAGAGGGAUCACGAAAGAGUCAGAAGAAUGAAGGAGGGUUGAUGGUUGAUGGUUGAUGGUUGGAAUGUGCGUCGAUGGGGAAAUAAAUAAUAAUCGGGAUACGGUAUGGAGGUUAAGAGUGGCAGGCGAGCGACGGGACUCACGGGAAGCCCAGCAUCGAGGAGGAGGAGGAGGUGAGAGAGAGAGAGAGAGAGAGGCGAUGGUGGGGUCGGCAGAAGCAUCGACACGAAGACGUUGCCGAAGCAGCGGCAGCAGCUCAGAAGCUUGCUUCGAGGCUGCUUCAAAUCAAACAGCGCAGUUUGUCCGCUUGCCUUCGUCUUCUUGCUGCCGAGUUGCUCGCCCCUUUUGAGCUCCAUUUACUCCUCUCUUCCUUCCUUCCUUCCUGCCUGCCUCUGUCCCUACCUCCCUCCCUCUCGAGUGGCGUCAUUCCUGCAUUGACUCCGUGCUUCCCUCCAUUCCAUGCUCCCGUCUCUCUGCUCUCUGCCUCCCUUCCCUUCCUCCCCUUCUCCCUCGCUCGUUCGCUCGCUCCCUGUCUGCAUGCCGGACUUGCUCUGCUCUAUAAGAGUUUUCCCUGGCAGGUCUGCAAUUUUCUGGCCACUUUUCGCAUUUUGUGGAUCUCUUUCUGCUGGCGGUUUGGUGAUGAUCACGAGCGGUGAGAAUUUGGGGUUGAGAGCGCGAGUGGAAGCGGAAGUGGAAGCAUUAGUAAAUUUCAGAGGAGCGAGUGGGUCGCUUCAGCCUGCUGCUGCCUGAGUUUUCCUGACUCCAGCGUUCGAGGUACCAGGCGUUUGAGGACGCGGUUGCAUAGGUUUCUCGAAUCGGGACCGGCGGUUUGUUGGCAUCUGUGUAGGGAUCCGUGUGUUUUUCGCUUGUGCGGUGUCUGGAGUUCGGGAGAUCCAUCUGUGGUGUUUCGGGUGGUUGGGCAGGAGGGAAGACGAAGGAGUGAAUACAAGUGAUGGAUGUCUCGAAUCCCAGCAACAAUGGGAUCCGGAAUCUGUAACAACAAUUGAGAUCACGCCUCGUGAUUCCUCAGGUUUGCUCGUCGUCGUCUUCGUUUUCAAUUUGUGGAGGGACGCGGAAGUGGCCUCACCUAUUUUGCUACACGUCGAGAUCCGGAUAUGACGCCGUAGCCAUGUUGUGAAAAGUCGAGGACAACGAAGUCAUCCAGCCUUCUUUUCGCUUCCCAUUCGUCACAUUCUAAUAUGUCGAUGAGGUGUCUGUGAGGCGCGGACUCAUGAGAAUGUCAUUGUAGACCCAAUCUGGCGAUCGCGGGAGGGAGUUUAAAUAGUAAACGGAGCUCGAGGAAGAGGUCGCGGGGGGAAAUUCGGGUACCACGGAAAUUUUUCAUCGUCGAGGAGCGGGUGUAAUUGCAGUAUUGGUAGUUGGGAGAAGAGUGGAGGGGAUUGAUUUGAAUGCUGGAGAGGUUUCGGAAAUUGUAAGUUGAGUGAGCAGGGUACCGCCCAAUGGCGGGCGGGCCUUACUCGCGGCACGCACCUCUGCAGCAACUGCCGAGGUCGCAGCAACCGCAGCAGCACAGCACCUCCAGAAUUUUGCUGUGGGCUCUGACGAUGCUUCCUCUGGGGCUGGCUGCGUUCGCCUUCGGGUUGCAGUGGAAGGGAGGCGCUCUAUCGGACCCUGCCACCAUCGGGCGGUUGGGGGGUGACACUUCCAGAUUGCCCGGAGUGCAGCUCAGCAACUCGCCUUCGGGUGGGCGCACCAUCACCACCAGCGAUUGUGCUGGUGCGAGCACCGAUGCUCUGAGCAAGCGGAACAUUCCCUCUUUCCCUCAUCAUCCUGGUUGGCAGUAUGCCAUUGUUGGCGAAGCCAGGCCCAAGAUAUGCAUAUGUACGAGUACUUCUGCAGGUUUGGACCAGAUUUUGCCUUGGUUGUAUUAUCAUCGAGUUCUUGGUGUUACCAACUUUCUUCUAUUUGUCGAAGGAAAAGCAGCUUCCAGGAACAGUUCGGCUGUCCUAGAAGCCAUUCCUGGUGUACAAGUUGUACAUAGGACGAAGGAGCUUGAGGAGAAGCAAGCUAAAAGUCGAAUCUGGAACGAGACCUGGUUAUCAAGUUUCUUCUUCCGACCUUGUAAUUAUGAACUCUUUGUGAGACAGUCUCUGAACAUGGAAAUGGCUAUUGUCAUGGCUCGGGCAGCUGGAAUGGACUGGAUCAUCCACCUUGAUACCGAUGAAUUGCUGCACCCUGCUGGUUCUUCAGAAUUUUCAUUGAGGCGUUUGCUUGGAGAGGUCGCCGAUGAUGUGGAUAUGGUCGUUUUCCCGAAUUACGAGAGUGCGAUCGAACGUGAUGAUAUCAAAGAACCCUUCACUGAGGUGUCAAUGUUUAAGAAGAAUUAUGACCAUGUGAUGAAGGAAACCUACUUCGGAUUGUAUCGUGAAGCAACCCGAGGCAAUCCGAAUUACUUUUUGACCUACGGGAAUGGCAAGGCUGCUGCUCGUGUACAGAACCACUUACGACCCAAUGGAGCUCAUCGAUGGCACAAUUAUAUGAAGAAUCCCAACGAGAUUAAGUUGGAGGAAGCAGCUGUGUUGCACUUUACCUACACAAAGUUUUCAGACUUGACAUCAAGGAGAGAUAGAUGUGGAUGCAAACCCACAAAGGAAGACGUCAAAAAGUGUUUCAUGCUGGAGUUUGACCGCGAUGCCUUCAUCAUUGCUUCAACUUUCACCGAGGAGGAGAUGCGAGUCUGGUACCGUCAACAUGUUGUAUGGACAGACAAAGAGCUGAACCUGAAGUUGAUGAGGAAGGGUCUGCUUACACGCAUUUAUGCACCGAUGGUCAUCAUACAAGGUUUGCGGGAAGCUGGAGUAUUUAGCGAUGCACUGAUUGCGGGUCAAGAGCUGCUUGAGAAGUACAAGUCACGGGAUGAAUUUUUGUCCAGUGUCUCGCGGUCUCCUGAAAAAAUGAAGUCAUCGCUAGACGAACGGGUAGGCUUAUCAGAAGGCGAACAGCAAACUAUGAGGAAGACUGACGAGGACAUGGAAAUAUCUAUGACAACGAGCCAGGAUCAGGAUAUAAUGCAGAGAGCUAGGAGGCAGCUUCAGCAAUUUUUGGAUGUAUACCCCCAGGCCAUGCCCCCAAUGGGCUCUCCCGAUUUAUCUUCGGAAAUCACGUCAUAGGAUUCACUCAUCAAACGAUGGGAAUUCUUUCCAGAUUCUCAAAAUGAUUUAGGAGUUGAACUCAGCACGUCCCACAGAAUACCUCUUGCACGACACCGGUGCUGAGAAUUGUUCGAGAAUGGUCCUAGGAACUUCCAGUCUCAGGAAGGGAGAACAAGCAACCGGAGGUUUUGAGGAGACGAGAGGCAGUUACCAUUGAUAGAUGUAGGUACACGUUACAGUAUGUAUGUAUAUUAAGGAACUAAGAUUAGGCAGUUUUCAACCUAUUUCCAUACAACCACAUUCUUAGGAGUUCACAUCACACCACCAAUGCAAGGAAUGCCGUCGUCCUGCUCAUGGUGUACGUGCCUUCGGUUCAGUUUUCAGUUUCGAAAUGAGGUUGUCUUAACGACAUUGGCCACCUUCCCACUCUAAGCAAGUUCGAUGUUGGUGUUGAUGUCGAUGUUGGUAGGAGAAGCACUCGGAGGCAGUUCGACUAUCGCAUUAAUCUCUUGUCGAGCACUUAUGUCUCGCUCAUAACGAGAAUUUGACAGGCACUGGCAUUGCCUGACCUAGUUAGACACAAAUGCCGAUUUUGUUUUAUUUCAACUGUCAUAAAUGAGCGAACAUAAUUUCAAGGCU